GCAAGGCUUCAACCCCCGAGGGGUCAGCGCGUCCCACACCGGAAGAUGUCUGACAGUGCUGCGCAGUCCCCUGUGGAGACGCAGAAAGAGGAGCUCUCCGCCCCACAACCGCCACCCGAGGAGUCGGCGACGGCUGAGGAGAAGAAAAAGAUUGAUGUGUUGUUGAAGGCAGUGGGGGACACUCCCAUCAUGAAGACAAAGAAGUGGGCAGUGGAGAAAGGAAGGACGGUGCAGUCUCUCGCUCAGUUCAUCGCUCGCUUCCUCAAGCUUGAUGCCAAUGAACAACUGUUUAUUUAUGUCAACCAGUCUUUUGCUCCCUCACCUGACCAAGAAGUUGGCGUCCUGUUUGAAUGUUUCGGCAGUGAUGGCAAGCUGGUUUUACACUACUGUAAGUCCCAAGCCUGGGGUUAGCGGCCUCAACUCCAGCGUGGUUCUGCUCCCUUUCUUUUUAAACCUCACCAUUGACACAUACAUACCUUGUUGUUUUUGCUUCUUUGCCAAUGUAUUUCUUUCAACUUUAAUGUACAUAACAUAUUGUAAAUAAAUUAUUAUGACCAAAA